CUUUUUCACACGCCGUCAGUAGUAAAUGAAAUUCGGCAACGGAUUGUUGCAUAUGUGUAGGCGCGCACAUAUUUAUUCGCCGGCAGAAAUCAUCAAGUGCCCACGCUCGUAAAUCCUUAAUUAAACGUUGAAAAUUUGCAAUACGACAUGAAGGUGGCGGCAAACGUCACGAAAAAUUGGCUGCAACGUCAGCAAGUGCGCUUGCAGAAUAUCAAAGUGUGGCAGCGUGGUCGCAAAGUGGGCAGCGAUUUGCUUGAAAUAAAAGAAUGGAGUGCUAAGCCAAAAUCAGCAAAACAGCGUAAAAGGCAGAUUGGCAUGGUGCGAGUACGAAAUUUAUUUCGGCGCGGUACAAAAAAAGAUUAUGAACAUUCGGGCAGUUUUUUAGAAGCUAUUGGACCAGUUUUGCUGCUAGCUCAGUUCUUCGCCUUGAUGCCUGUUUGUGGCAUAUUGUCGAAAACUGCUUCGAAGGUGUAUUUUUCGUGGAAAUCUGUGCGCACCUGCUACGCAAUGCUGGUGAUUUUUUGCCUUGGACCGGCCAGCCUGUGCACCAUCGCCUUUGCUUUUCGCGAAAGAUUUAACUUCGAUACAGUGGAAGCGAUCGUCUUUUAUGUUUCAAUAUUUCUAAUUGCGAUGGCAUUUUUUCAAUUGGCUCGCAAGUGGCCUGCGUUAAUGGUGAAGUGGGAAAGUAUUGAGUCCAAGUUGCCACCGCUGAAGACGGAAAUGCAGAGAGCAGCGUUGGCCCAUCGCAUAAAAAUGAUCACUCUGGUGGCGACUAUGUGCUCCAUGGUGGAACACUUGCUUAGCAUGUUGGGCAUUAUCUAUUAUGUGAAUGCGUGUCCCACCAUGCCAGGGCACCCUAUCCGGAGUUUUCUAUAUACCAAUUGGUCGCAGUAUUUCUAUUUCUUUGAUUACACCGAUUGGGCGGGCAUCUUCGGCAAAGUGUUGAAUGUGAUAUCGACGUUCGCAUGGAAUUUCAAUGACAUAUUCGUGAUGGCGGUGAGCGUGGCGCUCUCGGCACGUUUUCGCCAACUCAACGAGCAUAUGUUGCGUGUAGCUAAGCGGCCAACAAGCGAGAAAUUCUGGAUUGAAAAUCGCAUAAACUAUCGUAAUUUGUGUAAAUUAUGUGAAGCAACUGAUGAUACGAUUUCGUUAAUCACACUGCUGUGUUUCUCCAAUAACUUGUUUUUCAUCUGCGGUAAAAUUCUUAAAAGUCUACAAAAAAAACCAUCUUUUUCACAUACAAUGUACUUUUGGUUCUCUUUGGGCUUCCUCUUGAUGCGCACCUUAAUGUUGUCUUUGUAUAGUGCUGAAAUUAAUGAUGAAUCAAAACGGCCACUGGUAGUAUUUCGAAGUGUGCCAAGUGUGUCCUGGUGCCGUGAGCUUAAACGCUUCUCGGAAGAAGUGACCACAGAUGUAGUUGCGUUGUCAGGCAUGAAAUUCUUUCAUCUUACCCGUGGUCUUGUGCUUACGGUAGCCGGCAGCAUUGUAACCUACGAAUUGGUUUUAUUGCAAUUCAAUAAGGAGGGUAAAGUGAACGAUUGCUACGAAGGCUGAGCGUUUAUCGGGCGUAGUAGAUAUAUUGUGAGCAAGUACAUAUAUGUAUAUGCAGCUAGUAUGUUUGUUU